AUGAAUAUAUUAGGACAAGAUUUAGUUUCAUGGUCCAAAACUGGUCUUAUUGCUUAUGGUGAUUCGAAAUCCACGGAAGGGAACUUAUACAUCACUUUUUUAGAAGUAGUAAAUGGAACGAAUUAUAGAUUUCAUCCUCCUCAAGGGUACGUAAUCCACCCUCAACUUCAUGACACGCCGCAGGUUUUCAGUGCUGGAAGUACCACAAGUGCUCAGCCUAGUAAUGGAACUCAUUCUGGCAAUGCUAUGGGGAGUACACCGAACUAUAUAUCUAGCGGCGGUUCGGAUAAGCAUCCUCAUCGUUUUUUCUAUAACAUUUCCUCUAUUCAUUGGAACAAUUGGUUUAGUUUGCCAGGUGACAUGCUGGCUGUAUGUGAUGAGAUUGGUAAUAUGACAAUGCUUAUUUCAGGCCAGAGCCCGGAAGGCCCCUCAACUAUUGAUAAAUUAACCAUGUUGUUUCAAGAUAAUGUUUACAAAAUCUUCAAUCAUGUAAUGCCUCUACGACCUGCUUCUUCGAUUAUUGAGAAAUUGGAGAGAAAGCGAACUAAAAAAGAAUAUCAUACUGCUAUCCUAGAUUUUCAAUGGUUCAGUUCAUCGAAACCUAUUAUUGCCUCCCAGUUUUGUGUUUUUGAUAGCGACGCCAAUAUGUACAGGAACAAAGCGCAGCAACUUCCCCCAUUUGGAGUCUUCCACCCUCCGUUCAUGAAAUACGCUUGUGUUGCAGUACGUAAGAAUGGACAAAUAGACUUUUGGUACCAAUUCUCCAAUUCUAAGGAUCACAAGAAGAUAACGUCUCAACUUUUUGACUCUCAAAAUACAAAUGUUGUAGAACAUGAAUGGCUUCAAUUUGCAAAAAUUACUCCCAUUUCAGAAGAGCAGUGCAUGCUGAUAUCCACAUACUCACGACUUUCCAAGAGAUUAUGUUUUUUCAAGUUACAAAUGAAUUGGAACGUCAAUACAACAAACCAAAAAAUUUUAAAUGAUCCUUCAUUGAAGAUUACACACAUAUUAGAAUCUCCAUUAGAUUCCAUUGAUGACGAAGGUCACGUAUUAGAGCUAACACAUUUUCAUGUUUUAUCCAAAUCACCACUUGAGAAAAUUCCAGUCUGUGAUAUUUUGUUGAUAUAUAAUAUAUGCGAAACUGAUAAGUCGCUUUUAAAGCGAUUCCGGUUGGUGCUAACGAGAAUAUCCCCAGUUCUUAUAAAUGUGCUAAAGAGUACAUCAACAUCCGAAGAAAUAAGCAAUGAUAUACAAUUAUCAAAACGAUUUAAUCUUCAUAAUUUGGGAAACAUGGUUUUAUUUUCCAAAGUUGUUUCAGUAACAUCGGAAAUGUUAGACGGAUUUGCAACAUUCUAUUUUCAAGACGGAUCGAUCCAAUCCUACAAUCAGAACGACAGGAAAUUUGAAAGCGAACGUUUACAAAGUCAAAUUAAAGAAGGAAAAAGUAGAGGUAUCAUAACUUCAAUCUUGAGUGCCGGAUUUCACUAUCCUAAACUUCCUUCAAGCUGUGCUAUAGAAUGGAUGAGGGUAUCGCCAGCUAUGUCCGGUGUAAUUUUCAAAUUGGAAAAGGAAGACACACCAAUUUUCUACUGUAUUCAAGGAGAAGAAUUCUCAGAUUCUUCGAAAGAUUUGGUUAUUGCUACAGCAUUUGCAUUUGGUUUUGUCGCCAGUAUACAUAGGCAGCUUUCUUCAGAAGAUCUAUCAAUUGCAUGCAAGACACAUGUGAUGAAAAUUGCAAAACAUGAUGAGGAGAGGGCAAUGGAUUUCGUCACCUCUUUGAUGGCAUGCAUUUACACUUUCUUUAAUGUAAGUCCAGAUGCUCGCAAGGAAAUAAUGGAUAAAAUGAUUUCCAGUAGACCCAUUCAAAAAACUAUGCUACUUCAAUUAGAGCUUGGUAGUUGCUUCAAACCAAACAACAUUUAUGAUAUGGCACGUGUGGUAAUGUCGUUGAGAAAUGUUUUGUUUGCAUUUAAUGGAGUCGCUCGAAAUCUACAUUUUGCAAUCGAGCAACUCAGUAAUAGCGCAAUUCAACAGCCAAAUGGUAAAUCUUUUCAAACAUCGUUCUCCAAGCAAGAUCUGGUGCAUUCUUUGAUUCCUUUGGCGAAAUGGUUUGUAAAAUUCGUGACCUUUUUAGUGCAAGAAGUUAUUUUAUUAAUCAAUAAUCCGCAGGAAAAACAGAAUACAUUAGUACUAGGAGUAUUUGGAGCUAGAAUGCCAAGAACGCUCAUUCUUUCCAUUUUAAAUGAGAUCAAGAAAGUGACGCAUAUGGUUACAAAAUUCCCUGAGACGACUUAUCCUGUAUUAAAUGAGUCUUCAAACUUCCUGAAAAUGGUUUUAGGUGAAUCACCAGUUAAUUUUGAAAAAUUUGAGACAUUCUUAGUGGACGUGAAUAACAAAUUCACCGCAUUUAAUGAGCAGCAACCAUCAUCCACGAGGGAGCCGUCAUUGCUAGUAAGGGCACAAAUUCCUCCAGAUGUAUCCAAAAUAGGGGAUUUUCUGUUAGCAUAUUCGAACAAUGCCGUUAUAUCGCACAUCAAAGCUACUACAGUGUAUUUCUCGGAUACUAGUGGUCUGAGAAUUUCAAUUAAUGAGUUCUUUCAGCCACAAAUAUAUAAACUGUUGAAGCCACUAGAAGAAGGGUUGGUAGUCGAUACAAAAGAUCUCCCUGAACACUUCCGGACAUCGAAAUCUUUUUGUAAGAUGGACUUUGAUGCGAUCUCGUACGAUCGUUUGACUCAGGAUGAAAUAACAAGUGGAAAACUCAAAAGAUGUUGUAGGUGUGGCUAUGUCACAAGAGCAGGCUAUGUGAUAUCAUAUAAUAAGACGAUUGUACCAACAAGUAUUCAAACGAAAAGAUGGCCAACAAUGCACUCCAGAAUUUGCAUAUGCUCCGGCUUUCUGUAUGAACUGCAAAUAUAA